CGACACCAGCGACGCAUUUGCGGCUAGUUUGAGAGAAAUUUUGUCGCACGAUUUUUUUGAACGUGUUCAAAAUUUCAGCGACGGAGGGACACUUUGCGACUCAUGCGAGGAACUUGAAGCCCUGUGAAUGUUUCGACACUUUUGAAACUCUCUCGGUCGCAGGCUUUACAUCACUAGUGUUCAGGUGUUCUACACCUUUUGUGCUGGAGACUCACUGAGCUGUUUAUCGAGAUGAGUCGAGGACUAUUUAUUUGUUUAUGUCGCAGUGACGCGCUGAGAAAACCCUUUCAGACUGUUCGCCGGUAUAUGAAAUGGACGACAGAAAAUGAAACAAAGCGGUUUAUUGCAGAAAACACUGAGAUAGUCAAAGGUCAAAGUUUAACACCCGAGAUCGCGUUAAGACUCUUUACAGUGAAAUGUCGCUUCUGGACGGAGAGACCAGAGUUCUGGCCCUUUCCUGACCCCUUCUGGGCGAUAUACUGGCCUGGGGGACAGGCACUGACCAGGUAUCUUUUAAACAAUCCAGAGGUGUCAGCAGGUAGGAAAGUGCUGGAUCUUGGCUGUGGAUGUGGCGCAUCUGCUAUUGCUGCUAAACUCAGUGGGGCUGCUCAUGUGGUGGCUAAUGACACUGAUCCAAUUGCUGCAGUUGCCACAAAGAUGAACUGCGAGCUGAAUGGUUUAGAGCCCUUGUCUUGUGUGACCGAGAACCUGAUUGGCUCAGAACCUGAGAACUGGGACCUCAUCCUGCUGGGAGACAUGUUCUAUGAUGAGACUCUUACAGACAGCUUACAUAAGUGGCUCUACAAAUGUGUCAAGCUUCACAGAACACACAUACUAAUUGGAGACCCAGGACGGGCGCAGUUUGAAAACCAUGACAUCAAGAAACUGUUGUGUGAAGAGGCUCGGUUUGAGUUACCUGACUCGGUUCGAGAAGAAAAUUACGGACUGACAAGCAGCACAGUGUGGCAGUACAGACCUAAUUCCUAAGUUGAUAUGAACAGGCAGUCAAUGUGAACAUCAGUGAACAGUUUACAACUUCAACAAAACAGACUUCAUGCGAAAACUAUAUUUUCCUGGUUUCACAAUUAUACUUUGACUAUACAGGAUACUGUUAUAGAAGCAAAUUACUUAUAAAUCAUGUCUGUUAUCAUCCAAAUGAGGAUGGGUUCCUUUUUGAGUCUGGUUCCUCUCAAGGUUUCUUCCUCAUAUCAUCUGAGGGAGUUUUUCCUUGCUACUGUCACCACAGGCUUGCUUAUUAGGGGUAAAUUAGGGAUAACAUUAAACAUGAGCUAAAGUCUUUAAUUUUCUGUAAAGCUGCUUUACAACAAUGUCUGUAAUUAAAAGUGCUUUACAGAUCA